AUGGGCAAUAAAUCGAACAAGGCUUUCGUUGGCGCAAUCGACAAUGGCACUACCAGUACACGAUUCCUCAUCUUCGACCCUGCGGGCAACCCAGUUGCCGAGCACCAAAUCGAGUUUGAACAGCAUUAUCCACACUCCGGCUGGCAUGAACACAACCCGCAGGACCUUGUCGCUUCGGUCUGCACUUGCAUCGACCAAGCAUGCACCUCCUUCACCUCUCAAGGGUACUCUCUCUCCGACAUAAAAGCCGUUGGGAUCACAAACCAACGUGAAACAACCAUGGUAUGGGACAUCAAAACGGGGGAGCCGCUCCACAACGCGAUUGUAUGGACAGACACCCGCAGCGCGCACAUUGUGCGCGCACUCAAGCAGAAGCCGGGGGCAGAUGAACUCAUAGAACUGUGUGGCCUCCCGCUGUCAACAUACCCAAGUUCCACCAAAGUACUGUGGAUGUUAAGUCACGUUGACAAGGUGAAGAAGGCGUACGCGGAAGGAAGACUAGCCUUCGGGACGGUGGAUACCUGGCUCGUGUACAAGUUGAACGGCGGUGUUGAAAGAAAUGUGUACGUGACAGACCCCACGAACGCAAGCAGGACCAUGUGGAUGAACAUCCACAAGCUCUCUUACGACGACAAACUGAUUUCCUUCUUCGACCUCGACGUCAAAACACCGAAGCUCCACUUGCCGAAAAUCGUUCCCUCGUCAGACCCCGAGGCAUACGGCACGCUCGCAUUGAGCAAACUCAAGGGAGUCAAGAUCACAGGCUGCUUGGGUGACCAGUCGGCGGCGUUGGUGGGACAAUGUGGUUUUUCCCCCGGCCGGGCAAAGAACACGUACGGCACGGGAUGUUUCCUUCUAUACAACGUGGGCGAAAAGCCCGUAAUUUCGACACACGGCUUGCUCGCCACGGUGGCGUAUGAUUUCUCGCCGCAGGGCAUCAAGCCCGUCUACGCGCUUGAGGGAUCCAUCGCCGUGGCUGGCUCGUCGGUCAAGUUCCUCGUCAACAAGCUGGGCUUCGGUAGUAAGUCGUACCAGAUCUCCGACCUGGCGGGGACGGUCAAAGACAACGGCGGGUGUGUCUUUGUCACGGCAUUUUCGGGCCUGUUCGCGCCGUACUGGUACGACGACGUCAAGGGCACGAUAUUCGGGUUGACGGGAUACACGGAGAAAGGGCACAUCGCGCGGGCCACGCUGGAGGCGACAUGUUUUCAGACCAAGGCGAUCCUGGACGCGAUGGAGAAGGACGCCGGUGUCCACCUGAAGGAGCUGGCCGUGGACGGGGGCAUGAGCAACAGUGACUUAUGCAUGCAGACGCAGUCCGACAUAAUCCAAAUCCCCGUCGACCGGCCCCGGAUGCGCGAGACCACGGCCCUGGGCGCCGCUAUCGCGGCGGGCUUCGCGGCCAAGGUGUGGUCGUCCUUUGACGAGCUGAAGGAGAUCAACGCCGAAGGCCGGCACUUUUUCCAGCCCGGCAUCUCCAAGCGCGAGAGUGACAGGCUGUACAAGAAGUGGAACAAGGCCGUGCAGAUGUGUCGAGGGUGGAUGGACGAGGAUGAGGAUGAAGAGAAGUGGGAGAGGGAAGACACGGGGAAAAAAAAAUAG